AUGAUGCCAUCAUCACUCGCCGCUACCAACGUAGCCGGCGGUAUGUCUUACCACCACCAGUCUGCCGGGGCCCACACCGUCGACGAGCUCUUGAGCGAACUCUCAAGACAGCUCAUCGGGAACACGAGGAGGUACUCGAGGGCCUCGGCCAGCCAGCAAAGAGCGGGGAACGCCAUGAGAAUAUCCAAACCCAGCAGCGCCAGCAACAGCCCAAGAUCAUCAGCACUGCAAGCACGGAGGAAAACGUUGAUCGGGGAUGGCUUUCGGGGCGGCUUUCAGACUCUGUCUCCCGCCAUGGAUGUCGAUCGACCGCAUCUCCCUACCCCAGGGUCCGAGGUUUCGAACGAGUCCUUUUAUCGUCAGCCAACUUCGCGGUCUGCUCGACCCGUCAGCUGGCACCCAUCCUCGCAACAUGCCCAGCCUUCGUACUACACUCAACAAGAUGCGAUGCUUCACGCCUUCCCGACGUAUAACGAUGCUGAGGCGCUGGCCAGCCUGCAGCAGUUCCCGCCCACGCCUACGGUUUAUUCGGGGUACACGUCUCCAGCAGACCCCUUCUCGCCGCUCACGCUCCCGUAUUCCGGCUUCAGUUCGCAGCAGCAGCAGCAGCAGCAGCAGAUGUACUCUCCUUUGAACCAGCCCAUGCCAGUAUCACAGCAAGUCCCGAUGUACCCGCCGACGAGCUGUGCCUCGGGUUACUCCCCGGCCACUACACUCUCAGAGAUGCCACAGUUGCGCCACGAGGGCGCACUCCCAUCCUGGGAGGUUCAGCCGACCGCCACCUUCAACCAGCAUACGACCCCACCCACGCCAGAAGACUUUGUCUGCAAUCUCAACCCAACUCUGCCCCUCGGACAACAGCAACAGCAGCAACAAUCACAGCCAGACCCUGCCCCGCAAUCGUACCAAACAGUCAUCAUCCAUGACGAUGAAGCCGGGGACGACUCCGAGGAAGGCGAGAUUCUCUACGGCAUGGGCCUGUACGAUGCACCGGACCACAGCAAGCAGCACGAGUCCACGGCCACGACACUGCAUCAGUCAGUGGUCUUCUCGUUAUUGGGUAGCGGACGGAGCGAGGAAGAGGAAGAGGUGGACAGCGGCAAGGGCCUGGGCCUGAAAUUAGAGGAUGCCUGGGAGCCGCCUGCGAGUGACGAUGAGGAUGAUGAGGAGGAGGAAGGAGAGGGUGAGGAAGAUGGGGAGGGGCAGGACGACUGA